CACCGGGGUUGACCCCGAAGGCGCGCGCGCGGGCGCCUGUGGGUGGGAAUGGGCAGGAAAGGGGCGCGCGCCUUGAACAGUGAGAGCCAGACGCUGGGGAGGGGCCACCUUCUGCCCUCUUCCCACUCUGACCCCAAAAGAAAGACUAACCCUCUCUUGACCCAAUACCACUUUCCUCAGCCAUCACUGUCACUCUGAGAUAAAGGGAGACCACCGGGGUUGGUUUCAGCCUUGGCCCCAUCCUCACUGAUUCCUGGCCCUGAUCGGUUGUCAUGGUAACCCCUCCCCAGCCUAGAACACCCCCAGGCUCCUUUCCCCUACACUUUGGGUGUCUAUGGAGCCCCAAACCUCUCCGGUCCCUGCACCAGGAGGAGGUUACUAAGGCAACCUAGGUCCCUGGCGGUCCUUCUGCCCCUACCCUCAUUGGUUACUAUGGCAACCCCACCUAGCACUCAGGUGGAAAGGACUCCAGCCCCAAGGACACUGAUUAUUGAAGGAAACACCUCUUUCCCAACCCAUCCCCCCAGCCACCCAGUUGGCAUUACCAUGGUAACCAUCUCCCCUCCUUUCCAAUGGUGGGAGGUCUGUGGACCAAACCAACCAGGUAUUUUUAUUUAGAGAAGAGGUUCUGCUGAGGAGUGUUUGCUGUGGUUACAGGGCCUGACCAUCCCCAGGAAGAUGAGGCACAGGCAAGGCCAAGCCCUGGUCUUACUGUGGUAACAGUGGCAGUCUCCCUUCCAGUGUUCCUAGAAACCAGACCCACAAAGGUAGGGGUGGUUUCAGACUGUCCCCCAGGAUGGAGUGUGUCUAGGGAAGUGGUUGUCAUGGUAAUAGCUGCUGUCACUUCUAGCCCUACCUUUCAGGACACAGUCAUGAGAGAGAGAUGGUUAUAGGUUGCUAUUAUAACUGACAUCCUUCCCGCCCAUUCCCGAGAUGCUCCAGGUAGUGUGUGAAUUCACGGGACUUGAAGAGGAAUGAUUCCCUGGCCUCACUGCCACUUUUGUAGGGUAAGAUGAAAUUGUGUUCUACUAUGCAAAAUUGGCUGAUUUGGGGUUCUCUGGUUCUCCUUCCUCAGCAGUGCCGCUGAGCUGGACUGAAGCUGCCCCCCUGGUGUUCUCCCAGUCUGCAACGUAGGAGGAUGUCCCGGAAGCCCAGCUAGGACCUGAGCUCGGCCCCAUGCGGCUCACCCGCUGCCAGGCUGCCCUGGCCGUCGCCAUUACCAUCAACCUCCUGGUCCUCUUCUAUGUCUCGUGGCUGCAGCAACGGCCCAGGAACUCCCGGGCCCGGGGCCCCCGCCGCGGGCCUGCCGCCGGCCCCCACGUCACCAUCCUGGUGCGGGAGUUCGAGGCCUUUGACAAUGCGGUGCCCGAGCUGGUGGACUCUUUCCUGCAGCAGGACCCAGCCCAGCCGGUGGUGGUGGCAGCAGACAUACUCCCCUACCCGCCCUUGGCCCUGCCCCGCGUCCCCAAUGUUCGCCUGGCACUGCUCCAGCCCGCCCUGGACCAACCUGCCGCUGCCUCGCGCCCCGAGACCUACGUAGCCACGGAGUACGUGGCCCUGGUGCCCGACGGGGUGAGGGCUGAGACACCAGGCCAGCUGGAGCGCAUGGUGGACGCGCUCCGGGGGGGAGGCACCCGCCUGGUGGCCGCCCCAGUUGCCUCAACCAACCCUGCUCGGUGCCUGGCCCUGAACGUCAGCCUGCGGGAGUGGACAGCGCAGUAUAGCCCGGCCCCUUCCGCACAGCGCUGCGACGCCUUGGAAGGGGACGCUGUGGUGCUCCUGCGCGCAAGAGACCUCUUCAACCUCUCGGUGCCCCUGGCCAGGCCAGUAGGCACCAGCCUCUUCCUGCAGACAGCCCUGCGUGGCUGGGCAGUGCAACUGCUGGACCUGACCUUCCCCAUAGCACACCAGCCCCCCCUGACCACAGCCCAUGCGCGCUGGAAGGCGGAGCGCGAGGGGCGCGCGCGGCAGGCCACACUUCUACGGGCGUUGGGCAUCCGCCUGGUGAGCAGAGAGGGCGGACGCCUCGAGUGGUUCGGUUGCAGUAAAGAGACACCUCGCUGCUUCGGGACCGUGGUGGGUGACACACCUGCCUACCUGUAUGAGGGGCGCUGGACACCCCCAUGCUGCCUGCGCGCGCUGCGUGAGACAGCCCGCUAUGUGGUGGGCGUGCUGGAAGCGGCCGGAGUGCGCUACUGGCUGGAGGGUGGCUCCCUGCUGGGGGCUGCCCGCCACGGGGAUAUCAUCCCGUGGGACUACGACGUGGACCUGGGCAUCUACCUGGAGGACGUGGGCAAUUGCGAACAGUUACGGGGUGCCGAGGCCGGCUCAGUGGUGGACGAGCGCGGCUUUGUGUGGGAGAAGGCCAUAGAGGGUGACUUCUUCCGCGUGCAGUACAGCGAAAGCAACCACCUGCACGUGGACCUGUGGCCCUUCUACCCCCGCAAUGGAGUCAUGACCAAGGACACGUGGCUGGACCACCGGCAGGAUGUUGAGUUCCCCGAACACUUCCUGCAGCCUCUCGUGCCCCUGCCCUUUGCCGGCUUCAUGGCGCAGGCCCCUAACAACUACCGCCGCUUUCUGGAGCUCAAGUUCGGCCCCGGAGUCAUCGAGAACCCCGAGUACCCCAACCCGGCCCUCCUGAGUUUGGCAGGAAGCGGCUGAAGCUUUGACUCACGCGCCUGCAGUCGGGGGAAAUUGUCCUUUGUUUUUGGUGUCACUGGCAUUUGGUGAACGGGCCGGGGUUGCCAAGUUGUCCUGCAGGGCCCAGCACAGUCCAGGACAUCCAGGUUAUGACAUGCCCAAGAUUUCCAGGAACCCCCGGCUCCAGGGCUGGGACAGAGUUUUGGAAAGAGAGGGAGAAAGAGCGUAGGUUCUGAGGUCAAACUGCUGCGAUUCUUAACUAGUGAAGUGGAAGAAGUUCCACUCUGGGCGAGCGUCCGCGUUUCUAGGUUCCUUAUUGCCUCCUCCGCACCAGGAUUCAUCCCUGUAAAGCGCACAAAGAACCCCCAGGACACCUGGCUGCUGGCGUUGCGUCUACCACUAGAGGGCGCCUUUGCCCUACUGUGGGGCCAAGGGGACGUAAGCACGGACUUCUGUUCCAUAGCCUUUUUUGUCUCUUGAGCCUUUGGUCUUCUCACUAAGCCCCUGCACCAGGCUGGACAGGAUAACUAGCUCCCCUUUUUCCAGAAUGCGACUUCCUUCCCUCCUGGGAGAGCCCGGUGCGGUGCAUGCUGCUCUUAACUCAUCUUCGCAGAGGAGGAAAUGGGCUCAGAGCUCUGAGGCGCAGGGGUUCCGAGUGAGGUUCUGGAUCGAAGCCCCGCCCCUUUCGAACUGUUACUUCAUUAUUUUCUCUACACCUGGUUCCCUGCUUGGAAGAUGGGGUCAACAACAAUCACUGCUGACAUUUACUGAGCACUUACUAUAUACCAGAUACUGCUCCCGGUGUUUCACACAGACUAACUGAUCUCAUACCUCUCCUCAUCCCUCCCAAGUGAGAGCUGCUAUUAUUUCCAUUUUACAGAUGAGGAAAUGAGGCCAGAAUGGUAAAGUCCUCUGCCCAAGGCCAGUGGGAAGUGGCAGAGUGGGGACUUGAACCCAGGCUGUCCGUCUGGGGCCCACUCUGACAAGGCCUGGGUGCCCCACCCAAUGCUGCUACCAAGAGGGCCUCCUGUCACUCACGGAGCAGGAAAAGCGAUGGCUGCCUUUUUUCUUUUUUUUUCCUUUCUUUUUUUGGUGAUCAUGAACCUAAGAAUAAAUACUGUUUGGGCAUUACUCCAAUAUGUGCAUUUACCAAUGAUAUACAGGUACCACUAGAGGUCUGUAUGUUAAUGAUGACUUAAAUUAUUUCAUUUUUAAAUUAAAAAUCAAUACAGAAGUUUUUGUGACCUUGCCUCAACCCAGCAGCUUGUCACGUACACCCUCUGGGUUGUGCGCACCUGGUUUCUGAAACCACAGGCUCUGAAGUGGGAGGCCUGGGUUCCCAUCCCAGUGCCUCGGCUUCCUCCCACUACAAACCAGGCCUCAGUGACGCUCCCUCUCUGCGUCUCUGCCUCCCACCUGGGAAACAGGAGUAACGCGCAUGCUCCCUACACCGGAGCGCUGUGAGGCAACGCAGUGGUGGGGAAAUCAGGGCAGCGUUUGGAUUCUGGCUUGGCCACCUACUUUCUUCGUGACCUUAAGCAAGUCACUGCCCCUCCGACUCUGUCCAUUAGGUGGGGGGAUUGAAGUGUGGAGCCCUCACAGAAGGGCCAGCAAGAAAAGACAUACAAAUUUGGCCCAAUCUCCUGAGCCUCAGGUGUCCAAAGCCUGACUUCUUAUAAUGCAGCCUUGGACCUUAACGCACAAGAGGCUCGCAAAGACUGUCGGGUCCCCAUCUGCAGAGCAUUCUGGGAACGUGGUGAUGAUUGGGCAUCACUUGUGGUUAGGCGGUGCUCUUGGCUUUGGGAAGGCAUGGCCCAUGGAUGGCGGAUGUCUUAUAAUACAUAAAGGACAUCACACACAGUAGUGUCCCUGGUCACAUACCAUUUUCAAAUGUCCCCCUGGAAAUUCAUGAAGUGCAGGUGAUGUUUGAAGUGUUUUUGCAACUGGUAUGGGAAUAUAGAGUAAUAUAUAAAUCAAUAUAUGCAUCAGACAUUUUAAAUGUUUCUUUUUAAUUCUAAGAAUUAUGAAAAGGAUCUGUCUAUAGAGUCAUAUUUCUUUAAGUUAUUUACCAAGAACAUAAGUUGAAGCUCAACUCGUUCUUAAAUUAUUUAAUAGUUUUCUUUUAUUUAGAAAUUGAUGUGAUUUCUUAAUUGACACAGCUAUGUAUAUGUAUAUGCAUAAAAUAACAUUUCAUAUAUAUAUAUA